AUGCCCGUCACUCUCGUGUUGGGCUCCCAAUGGGGCGACGAAGGCAAAGGGAAGCUCGUCGAUAUCCUCGCAACCUCUGCUGAUCUCGUCUGCCGCGCUGCGGGGGGCAACAAUGCGGGCCAUACCAUUGUGGUCAACGACGUGACGUACGACUUCCAUAUCCUCCCCUCUGGCCUCAUCAACCCUUCCUGCAAAAUCAAUCUCAUCGGCACUGGCUGUGUCGUGCACAUCCCCAGCUUCUUCAAAGAACUGAAAGCACUAGAAGAGAAGGGGCUAGUGGGGGUGCGGGAGCGCAUUUUGAUCUCGGACCGCGCUCAUGUAUGCUUCGACUUGCACGGCGUCGUCGACGGUAUCUCCGAAGACAAAUUCAAGAAUGUCGAUGGCGGGAAGAACAUGAUUGGCACUACCCGCAAGGGCAUCGGUCCAUGCUAUAGCGACAAAGUCGCCCGGAGAGGCGUGACGUUUUGGAUGCUCGUCAACGAACAACAGCGUUGGGAAAGGCGCCUACGGGACCUGGAAGCUAGCUACCGCAAAUUGUAUGGCGAUGCCGCACUGGAGGGUUACAGUCUAGAAGAGGAGAUCGAAAAGCUACGCGGAUAUCGGGAAGAACUGCAGCAAUACGUCGUCGACCAGACGCCCUUACUAGCGCAGGCGGUCGGAACAAAGGGAAUCGCCACGACCAACUCGAACGGCGCUGGUGCUCGCCAACCCAACAUCUUGAUCGAGGGUGCCAAUGCGCUUCUUCUUGACAUCGACCAUGGCACAUAUCCCUAUGUCACGUCCAGUAACACCGGCCUAGGCGGUGUUUUCACGGGUCUUGCUGGCUUGUCUCCUCAAUCCCUCUCAGCGCCAGGAAGCAACAUUGUUGGCGUGGUGAAGGCCUACACUUCCCGUGUCGGCUCCGGUCCCUUCCCCACGGAACUCAACGCCGCAAUCUCGCCCAAGGACGCCGAAUAUGGUGACCGGUUACAACAGGUUGGCCGCGAAUGGGGCGUCACCACAGGUCGCAAGCGGCGCUGUGGCUGGUUCGACCUCGUCCUGGUCAAGUAUUCUGCGGCCGUGAACUGCUAUACACAACUCAACCUGACGAAGCUUGACGUCCUAGAUGGCUUUGAAGAGAUCCGGAUCGCAACAGCGUACAAGGUGGACGGUCAGACGCUGCCUGGUUUCCCAGCGGAUCUGGAUGUCAUGGACAAGAUGGAGAUUGAGUACAAGACAUUCCCGGGGUGGAUGACUCAAACGACCGGCUGCAAGAGAUUCGAAGACCUACCCGAACGUGCGAGGGAGUAUAUCGAAUUCAUCGAGACCGAGGUCGGAGUGCCCAUUAAAUGGAUCGGUACCGGUCCGAGGAGGGAGGACAUGUGUAUCCGCUAA